AUGGGACCUUUACUAUUUCCAGCCAUUCACAGACCCGUUGGUUUUGGAAACAAUGGUUUCAAUAGCUUUGACGAUGGCAGCUUUGGCUUGAAUAAUUUUGGAUUCAAUUCCGGUGGACCUGCUUCUGCAGCCUCUAGCGCUGCCGCCGCCGGUGGACCUUUUGGUGGAGCUGCUUCCUCCUCAGCCGCUGCAUCAGGUGCUCCUGGUUUUGGUUUGAAUGUUGGUUUCCCAGGUCUCCAAGGAUUCCAAGGUGGUCUCCAAGGAUUCCAAAGUGGUCUCCAAGGAUUCCUAGGUGGUUUCCAAGGAGUACAAGGUGGUUUUCAAGGUGGUUUCCAAGGAGUACAAGGGUUCCAGGGAUUCCCAGGCGUCCCAUCCUUUGGAUUUCCCGGAGGUGCUGCAGCCGGAGCCGCGGCUUCUAGUGACGACGGAUCAGCCUCCGCCUCCUCUGCUGCCUCUACUUGCGCCCAAGCCUCCGUUUCAAGUUCAAAUUUUCCAGGAGUCCCCACUUACCCAAUUCCAGGCGUGCCCACUUAUCCACUUCCAGGCGUACCCACCUACCCAGUUCCAGGCGUACCCACUUAUCCAGUUCCAUGCGUGCCCACUUACCCACGUCGUGGCGUACCUACUUACCCACUUCCAGGCGUACCUUUACCCCCUUUUUCAGGUCAACCACGUAGACCAUUUGGAAAGAGGGUAUAUUGAGAAGUUGAGAAUAAACCAAUCCAGAAAUACACUGAUCACCAUUUGCAAUAUUGUUGUUGUGUGUCUGUUAUUAAGCAAUAAA